AGUCUUGGUUAAAACGUGAGCGGCCUAAGCCGCCAAAAUCUUGAUGUGUGCUUUACGAUGUUGGGCCGUGAGAUAUUAUUGAGGCAUAAGAAAAUCAUUUUAUUGCUAAUGAUACUCAUUGCAAUUUGCAAUGUAGUCAUUUACCUCUACGUUACGGAAUCGAACAAACACGCGACAAUAACAAACGGAGUGACUAAAUCGACAACCAAAGAUGCAACAGCAGAGCAUGAGAUCAGUCAGCUGGCUGGCAAGCGAGAGAAUCUGGUAAUGGGCGAACUGGGCGCACUGGGCAGACCGGCGAAGAGCAAUUGGAGCGAUGCUCAGCUCUUGGCCAUGGAGCGCAGCCAGCUCAAAACGGGUUAUAAUGCUUGGCUCUCAGAGCGCAUUUCACCAGAGCGCACGCUCUUCGACAUGCGGCAUCGGAGCUGCAAAAAGCUUAAGUAUCCGCUGCAAAAGCUGCCGGCUAUCAGUGUCGUUAUCACCCAUCACAAUGAACAGCCGAGCGUACUGUUGAGAACGCUGAGCAGUCUGAGGAGCAGAACGACAGCCAGAUUACUGCAUGAGAUCAUAUUGGUGGAUGAUGGCAGCGAUCUUGGAUUGCUUGGCAAUUUCACUGGCUAUGUAGAGGAGAAGUUCAAGGGUCUGGUACAUCUUCAGCGCCAGGAGAAGCAGCUGGGAGUGAUGCAGGCACGCCUGGCGGGUGCACUGAGGGCUCAGGCAGAUGUCCUUGUCUUUCUGGAUGCACAUGUAGAGGUCACUCAUGGUUGGCUGCCGCCUCUACUCCUUCCACUAUUGGAGAACAACAAGACCUGCACCACGCCCGUGGUGGACACCAUAGACUACGACAACUUUGCGUACCGACGUGGGAAGCCAACGCGUGGCUUCUUUGACUGGGACUUUAACUAUGUGCAGCUGCCGCUGCGCAAAGAGGAUGAGCUGGCUUUGCCGGCACCUCAUGAGAAUCCCAUCAUGAAUGGCGGCCUCUUUGCCAUUUAUCGCAAGUGGUUCUUUGACCUGGGUGGCUAUGAUGAAGGUCUGCGCAUUUGGGGCGCCGAACAGUUCGAGCUGAGUCUCAAGAUUUGGUUGUGCGGUGGACGACUGUUGGAAGUACCCUGCUCCAGAGUGGGACACCUGUACAGGAAUGGCAGCUUCAAAAUGCAGUACACAAAAUCUGAUAGCAAGGCUUUAGCUAGGAAUUACAGGCGAGUGGCUGAGGUCUGGCUGGAUGAGUACAGGGACAAGUUGUAUGCGAAUCUGCCGCACUUGACCCACAUCAAGGUGGGUUCGCUGAAAAAGCAAAAGGCAUUGCGUCAACGUUUGCAGUGCAAACCAUUUAAAUGGUUUUUGGAUCACCUGGCCAGCGAUUUCCUCGAGCUGUAUCCUGUGGAUGAGCCAGAGGAUUAUGCCUUUGGCGUUGUGCAGAACUUGGCCGAGCCCACGAUCUGCUUGGAGAGGUCGGAGAGUGCCGAACAUCCGCAACUCAUGCCUUGCGAUGGGGACCUCAUGUAUCCAAAGCUGGAGCAAAAGUGGUCCUUGAGCCAUUUUCGAGAUCUACACUCGAGUUUCCAUUGCUUAGAGUUGCAACAGAGACAGCCCAAUGCUGAGAUUUGGCUCUGGCAAUGCCAUCAUCAUGCUGGCAAUCAAUUUUGGUCCUACGACCCCAAUACCAAUCAAAUUGUCAAUGGCCAGAGCAAGGAUCAGCAACGUUGCCUGGAAGCUCGAUUGGAACAGCGCAAAGUAGUCGCGAAUCCUUGUGAUGUCCAGAAUUUGCAGCAGCAAUGGAAGUUUGGAUAUGUUAAUGAAAAGCUACUCGAAAAUUUUUGGAAGAAUGUACCCAGCUAAUUCUGGAACUAAGAUAAAAUAUCAAAUGAAAGCUAGCAAUCCUGAGUACAAAACUUUCAGAUCCAAAUUUACUAUAACAAAAGAAGAUACUCGUAAAAUAUAUAAUUUGAACUGA